GGUAAAGGAGCAGGAGUUGCAGUUGCAGUAGGAGAGGGAGCAGAGGGAGCAACAGCGGCAGCAACAGCAACAGCAGCAGCAGCGGCGGAGUCGACUUGCAGCAGGAACUCGAUGAGCUCAGGUGCGUGUUGUCAAUGUCAUGAGGGUCAGCUUGACGGCCAUUGGCUGUUGGGCCUGCCGAUGAUAGCUUCUUUUUGUUCCUUCUUUGUUCCAGCACUGUUGCUUCCUUACCUCAGCAGCAGCUGUCACUGCCUCGCGUUUGCACUUUAACUUUCUUUGCACACACCCACAUACAACACGUCAGGGCGGAAUAGAAAGAAAGCUCUUUGACCUGGUCGAGACCGCAGAUCGCUCAUCCACCCCAACUGUCCCUUCUUGUUACCCAUGAUUUUCAACACCGGAGUAGCAACAGAGACAGAAAGAGAGAGAGAAAAAACUGCUGCUGCUUCUGCUGUGUCGUCGCGAGAGCAAAACGUGUACUGAUGGCGUCACAAGAUGCGGUUGUAGCCGAUGCUUCCCUGCUCAAAAAGCAUUCCAGAAUCGUGUCAGUCGUCACCGAGCGCUACUCGUAUCCCGGCGUCCGUGUCUUCUACCGAGCUCACCCCAAAGCCGCAUCGCUACCUCCCCAGCUUCCUCUGGUCGUCUUCAUACACGGACUCGGCGGCCAGAUCCAACAGUUUCGACACCUGAUAGAGUACCUGGUUCACUUCUCACACGUUCUCGCGAUUGAUCUUCCCGGAUGCGGCGCGUCCGACUUCGACCCGAAGGACUGGGACGCUUACUCCACGGAUGCCCUGUGCGCACUUGUCGCUAAGGUCGUGGGCCAAUACCGAGGGGACAACCAGAAGGUGGUCGUGAUAGGCCACUCCAUGGGGUGUGCGCUCGGAGCUACACUAGUCACUAAGGGCGGGCUGCUGGAGGGCAUAUGCUCAGGAUUCGUGGCGAUAUCCCCGAAGGCCGUCAUCACCGAGAAGGAACAGAAGGCUGCUGCAGCGGCUGUGAAGCUUCCCGAAUUUGCGUUCAACAUGUUCCGUGCCUGGGAUCGACGGGGCGGCAUCAACUCGAAGUCGGUGAUGCGUUUCGUGGGAAAGAACGCUUCCGAGGAUGUGAGGAGGAUGCAGUUGCACUUCAACGAGCAGUCGCGGACUCCGGUGUGGCGGAGAAUGGUGAGCGGCAUCAAGCUGCCAUCCCGAGAGCAGUGGAGGGCAAUCAAGCUUCCGAUUCUGUUGCUGGGAGCCAUCGAGGACAAGGUCACGACCGUGGGGGAGCUCGACAUGAUCCACUCGUGGUUCGAUCCGAAGAAAACCACCAGUUCGGUGUCCAGCCAGGAUUCGAGCGGCUCCGAUCGGCCCGUCUCCGUGGUCAAGAAGUGCAUCAUCCCAGAUGCCGGCCACGGCGUCAUGUACGAGUCCCCAAAUGUUCUGUGCGGACUGGUGGGUGAGUUCCUGUCGAAGCAUGUCGAUGAAACGCUCUCCCUUGGGUGGCAGCUCCUCUACCUGAAGGAAGACAAGUGGCUCCUCAAGAACCUGGAAAAGUGGACGCGGAUCCAAUCGGUAUCCCCCCGGAUCGUCAAGAGGGCUGGCGCCGGGAAGCCAAUCCCGUCGCCGUUCAGAGCGAUGAAGACUCUAAGGCAGAAUGAUCCCGACGGGCACAACCCGAUAGAAUUCUGUCAGAGGUGGACAGAUGUGCGGGACAUCAUCGACAUCUCGCAUGAGACGCCGCCUUAUGAUCCGGAGACAUUCGGUGGCGAUCUCAACUAUCACAAGUAUCCUACCGUUUCCAAGAUUCCCCCCACGCUCGACGAAGUUACGGGGUUCAUCAAGCUCGUCGACUCGAUCCGCGAAGCGAGGAAAUACGACGAGAAUAGUGUCAUUGCCUGUCAUUGCCACUAUGGGUUCAACAGAACGGGAUUUUUCAUCUGCACCUAUCUGAUCGAGCGGCUCGGCUUCAGUGUUCAGGAGGCGAUCGAAGCGUUCAAGGAGGCGCGGCCGCCCGGAAUUCGACACCCACACUUCAUCAAUGAGCUCUUUGAGAGGUAUUGUCUGGGUCUGCUGAGAGCACCGACGUUCUGAACUUGGCAUCUCGGCGUCUUGGCGCGGAUGGCUUGGUUUUGUUUUGUUACUUGAAUUUCUUUUUAUUUGAUUUGAACUCGUUUCUUUUUGUCUUUUCGGAACUAUUUCCUAGUUGCGGGUGUUUACGUGGUUACGUGUCUGAUAUCCGUUUGUUUGCGCGCAUGUUCAGGCUGGUGUUUCUCGUUAGGUUUUGAGGCGUCUUGUAUUGUUUCGGUUGAUCGGAGUCGCUCGUCGUCGGUGACAACUGGGGGGCUUCAUGGAAUCAUAUGUACUUCUGGCGCUCUGUAUUCUAGACUUUGGCUUGCUUGAAUGAUUAUUUUUUGCGAGGGACGGUGUCAUGUGUCUGCCG